CCCCUCUCCCUUCCCCAAUGAACACCCCCUGCACCCUACCACACUACCCCACCACUACACCCCACCGCCACCACCACCCCUUCCCCCGAACACACCUCCUCCUCCUCCUCCCCCACCACCAACCUCCCUCUCCAGCCACGGUGUGUGGAAGAAGCGGCAGGUGCGGAGCUUUUUCUGGAAGCCCAUCCCAGAGGAGAAGGUGCGGGGGCAGCCCAACAUCUGGACAAUGGCGGUGCGCUGCCAGCAGCAGUACCAGAUCGACGUGCGCUCCGUGGAGGAGCUGUUCGGCCAGCCGGAGGAAGUGCAGGGCCGGGGGUGUGUGCCCGCCACCAGUGGAUCCUCCUCAGCCCGCAUCACCCGGUCCAGGUCCUUCAAGGAGAACAAGGACAAGAUCAGCAUUCUGGACUCCAAGCGGGGCAUGAACGUGGGCAUUUUCCUCAGGCAGUUCAAGAAGUCCAAUCACUCCAUCGUUGAGGACAUUCGCCAGGGAAAUGGCAAGCUGUACGGAGCUGAACUCCUCAAAGACCUGCUCAAACUCCUGCCCGAGUCUGAAGAGGUAAAGAAACUGAGGGCGUUCAAAGGGGACUCCAGCAAACUGACCCUGGCAGACUCCUUCAUGUACCUGUUGAUCCAGGUGCCUCGGUUUGAGUUGCGCAUCGAGGCCAUGGUCCUGCGUGCGGAGUUCUUUCAGUCCUGCUCUGUGAUGAGCCAUGAGAUCGAUGUCAUCCGCGUGGCCACCAAAGAGCUGAUGACUUGUGAGGAACUACACGCCAUCCUCCACCUGGUCCUGCAGGCUGGAAACAUCAUGAACGCUGGUGGCUACGCGGGCAAUGCCGUGGGCUUCAAGCUGUCAUCGCUCCUCUCGCUGGCCGACACCAAGGCCAACAAACCUGGCAUGAACCUGCUGCAUUUUGUGGCUUUGAGGAGUCAGAAAGAGGUGAGCAUAUCACAUAGGUACGUGCCGAUUGAAUGGGCACUGGUCACUACAGUUACCCCAGAAAUCGCGCCAAACACAGACUCGGUGGCGGUGGGCGUUCUCAAUCAGCAGAGUUCCCCGGCAGAAUACGUCCUGGAAAGAGGCUACCUCAGCAAGGUGCACAACUGUGUCUACUUCUCUGUUAGGGUGCUGGAGAAUCAGUUUGAGUUGGUGUCUCACCUGGACAAAGACACCCUGCGUCUCUUGGCUGAGAACGAGAGGGUGACCUGCUUCUCUCCGUCCCUGAGGAACAGACUGACUCUGGCCCAGGACCCCAGCACAGCCAAGGUCUCCCCCUCUGUGGACACCUUCAUCCACUCUGUCCCGUUCCAGCCUGCCACUGACAACCGCUCCAACUUCAGCAGUGACAAGGCCUUCCACACCUUCAAGAAGCAGAGGGAUAUUUUCUACGAGGUGCUGCGAGAGUGGGAAGACUUCCACAAGGAACCUAGAUGGGAGUUUGAAGCAGAACUAGGCAAUAGGGUCAGAGGAAUGGUGAGUCAACUGAACUCUACUGGAAACCACUCCCAUUUCGCCAGACUCUUCCUCAAGCAGUUGGUGCAGAUGUGCAAAGGUCCCCGUGCUCUGGGCUCCCCGGGUGACACCCCCGACGCGGACCUGCUAGGCAUGCUGGGAGCAGACAGCCUGGGGCGUCUAAAGCGUCUGGAGGAGCGUCUGAUCCAGCCCCAAGGCAUUCUGGGACCCUGUCCUCCACCCGCCUUCCCGGGACACCAGGAGUUCUUCAGGGACUUCUUAAAGACCGCAAGCUGUUGCCAGCUGAACCAGCACCUGAAGGACAGUCUGUGUCAGCAGCUCCUCCAGCUUGACGAGGUGUCCGUCCUGGCUCCCGUGGUCUCCAGUACCGAGGGAGAGGGAGACAUGGAACAACAAGAUGAGAAGCAGCGUUUCUCCUCUGUCCUGCUGUUGGCUCGUCUCCUAGCUAAGUUCCUGGGUUAUAUCUCCUUCCUGCCAUACCAGACCUCUGAGAGGCCCUCCAGGGAGAUACAGGAGGCUACUGCCAGCCUCCGCAGCAAGAGUAUGUCUGUGCUGGAUGUGUGUGCGGUCCUGCGUAGCUGUGUUCGUAGGAGACGGACCAUCCUGACUGUGCCCUGGCUGGUGGAGUUCCUCUCCAUGCUGGACUUCACCGGUCCCUUCCUCCUCUGCUACAGGACCGUUCUGGGACUGCUGCUCAGCCUAUACAGGCGGAUGGUGCUGUCCAGAGAAGGAGAGGUGUGUUACCUGAAUCAGCUUCUCAUGGUGGCUGUUCUAGGCUGGCUGUUCCAGAUCCCAGUGAUCCCGGAGGAGCUUUUCUUCACUACUGAUUUCGCUGUAGCUGUCGAGCUAGAGGAGAGCCAGACCAACGUCCAGGGACUUGACUGUCUCCCCCUGGUGGACCAACAGCUCCUCUACACCUGCUGUCCUUUCCUGGGUGAGUUCCGUAAACUCCUCGCUGCCUUUGUGGCCGGUAGCUCUGCCAGGGGUGGAGGCCUCAUCCGUAAGAUCACCCCUACCUCUGCUGAGUUGAGAGGUACCCCCACCACCACCAGGUCACAGCAAAAACGACAGGUGGAUUUGGAGCAAGCCUUCUUCCAUAACCAGCCUCCAUCUCUCAGACGAACGGUGGAGUUUGUUGCUGAGAGGGUGGGAUCCAACUGUGUCAAACAUAUGAAGGUCACGCUGGUGUGUGAGCUGGUCCGUGGUGGAGAGAGGUUGCUGAGGGAGGGGCUGAUCUCACCAGGGGCCAACCCUCUGAUACUCAACGACUCCAUCUGUGCUCAGCUCUGUGACGGGGGCCAGGAGGCUCUGGAGAGAGCUACCAGGUUUUGCAGUGAGAAGGGUCCAGAAGCCAUCCGGGUUCUUCUUCCUGACGAGACGUCUCCCGCUGUUCUCACUACAUCUGAGAACAUCACCAAGCGCCUGGCCACUGAGAAGGCCUAUAGCUGGCUCUCCUCCAACAUCACAGCCCUGGUCAAGCGAGAGUGGAAAACAAAGUUUGACCGUGUGAUGAAGUCUCUUCCCAGCCCAGAGGCUAGUGGUGUGGAAGUUUCUAGUCUUGUGGCUAAAGCUGGAGCUGCAGCAGUCUCCCAGGAGCAGUCACGUACCCCAAAACGGGACAUGGGCAAGGAGGAGGCUGUGACAUCCUGCCCUCCAGACUGCCCCCACAGUGCACCACUACCAUCUGAUGUCCUGGUAGAGAUUAAGGAGGUGUUGAGUAUUGCAGUAGGCCCGCGGUCUGAAAAGGAGGCGUUGACUUGUCUACAGCUGACCGCUCUACUGGGAAAAGUAGGAGACACACUGAGCUGCAAAAAGUUCUCAUUCCCAAUGCCUGAACAGAUGCUGAUACGUUGCACCGUCCUACUAGCCUGUAAACUAGUUUCAGGGGAGCUGCCCAUGGUGUCCCCACAGGAGGAAUGUGGUAGGACAGUGUCUCCUGGUAGGACAGUGUCUCCUGAUCCAGUACUACCAGACUCAACAGUCCAAAGGGUAGGCUGUUCAAUCAAAGUCCUGCUGGAGCAGUUGAUCCUCCUGUGGGGGAGAGACUGUUGUUCAUCAGCCCCCCUCCAUCUGCUCUUCACAGAAAUGACACUCAGUGCUGUCCUCAUGGCCAGCGACUCACAGUGGGACAACUUCCUGUUCCUGGUCAGACAGCUGGUAGAGCGGGGGAUUCUGGGAGAGGAAGAAGUGGUCUCUCAUUGGAGGAAGCUGUCACAGUUACCCUGGCCAACGGAAUUCAUAGAGAAAAUCCAGCAGCAGUCCUCUUCCACCACAUCCCUUCCUCUGCCUGAGCUUCAGAACCACAUGGACAUGUUGCAGGUCUCACCACAACCUGUAGAGGGAGCCAACUAACCAUCACGACAAAAAAAAACACAUGGCUCUGAGAGACACAUGCUCUGUUGGCCAACACUGCCCAGUCUGUUAGAAGACAUAUGUCACUGACAGGUGUAGCUGAACUCUACUACUCUGGCCAGUCAGUCCAUAGUGCCGUUCUAGGCUCCUGAGAUGUUAAACACACACAGACCGUGUUUAGAUGAACAGCCAUUGUGUACAGAACAGAGGAGACAAUCACCUGGAACAUCACUCAUCUGUACAGCCAGCCACAGUCAGUUCAGACUAAGCCCUAGCCACAAACAUCGUUAGGGUAAGGGUUAGGGCCAAAGGGAUGCGGUAGGGACCGGCUGACACUGUCCUGUUUAGAGGUGCAAAUGGGAACCAAAAGGUCCUGCUGCUCAGGACUAGUGGUGGAGCCAUAGGCCAGGGGGAAGGGUGUACCAGAAGGCUGAGAACGAGGGGUGCAGUAUCAAUAAAAUAACUAACUUGGACAGACACUAGUAAAUCAAAAAAGGUCAACAAAAAAACACGAGAAACCAAUCCCUACUCGACCCCUACUGCCCUAGACAUAUGUAGGUCUGAAAGGAUUAUAGUAGAGACUGUAUGUGUCAGCAUUAAGCAAUAGUGGGUAAGGGCUGGCUGGGGGAUGAUUUGUUAUUGGGCCAAGAAAUGUGUCAUUUCUAAACGUUCACAGAUAAAUAUGUAUUUGUGUUAGUCUCAGAAGCACUUAAGAGUGUAACACAAUGCCUUUAACCGUCACUCGUGAUUUUGUGUGUUCAUGGAUGCUUUCUGUGCAUUUGUAAUAAUGUUUAGUUCACGUUGGACUUAAUGGUACCAUGAUUGUCUGCUGCUUUUAAACUUUACAUUUUCGCAUGCUGCCUGUCACAUAUUGAAAAAUAAUAAAUAUGUAUUCUUUGGGACUAAA